AUCACUAUCACUGGAGGACAGAGAGGACAGUGCAUGCUGUCUUGGAGAGAGAGAGAUAGUGAGAGAUAGACACUGACAACUGACACACACCUGUCUCGCAUAUCUGUACAUUCACACAGGAGCUGUGGUGUAGCCAUCACUCACUCAGCAGAUUCCGUCGUGGUGGACGGUUUACGUCAAGAUGCUCUGUUUGAACUGGCUUCUGGUUGGCGCUCUUCUGGCACUUGCAGAAAGCUGGAACGUCGUUCAUGCUGAUGAUGGGUCUGAAAGGAACUGCUCUGCAAUGCCACCGUACCUUCCGCCCACGGCGGUCAACACCACUCAGCGGCUGCGGGCCCUGAGGGAAACGAUGAGUUCCCUCAACGUCUCAGCGUACAUCAUCCCAGGGACGGACGCUCACCUGAGUGAGUACAUCGCCCAACGUGACGCACGGAUGGCCUUCAUGACAGGCUUCACGGGCUCUGCAGGCACAGCUGUGGUGACCCAGAACAAGGCAGUGCUGUGGACAGACAGUCGCUACUGGGUCCAGGCUGAACGCCAAAUGGACUGCAAUUGGGAGCUGAAGAGAGAUGUGUCCAUUAGCAGUAUAACUGCCUGGCUGAUUCAGGAGGUGGCGGACUCUGACGGCAUAGCCUUUGACCCCUUCCUCUUCUCUAUCGAAACAUAUGAGGCCUACAGCCGCAACCUUGCACCAGCCAAUAUGGUCCUGAAGUCCCUCCCUGACAACCUGGUGGACACAGUGUGGAAAGACCGUCCCCCCGUUCCCUCCGAUGUGCUCAUCCGUCUCCCAGACAGAAUCAUAGGGAGGACCUGGCAGAUGAAAGUGGAACACAUACGGAGUCAGAUGAGGGACAAUCCUUACAAGCCCACGGCGGUCCUUCUUUCCGCUCUGGACGAGACCGCCUGGUUGUUCAACCUGCGUGGGAACGAUAUCCCCUACAACCCUUUCUUCUACUCCUACACGCUGCUGACCUUGGAUGAGAUCUGGUUAUUCGUACACAAAGACAGAGUGACAAAGGAAAUUAAAGAUUACCUGAACGGCAGUUGUUUCCAGGCCAACUGUGUUCAGCUGAUAGAAUAUAACCAAGUACGGAAAAUGCUGAGUGAUUACUUGACCAGACCAGGUGUAAAGGUGUGGAUUGGGACGGAGUACACCAAUUAUGCCCUGUACGAGCUCAUCGCCCCAGAGGAAAAGUCACUGACCAGUGACUACUCUCCGGUUUUGACCAGUAAAGCAGUAAAGGACAAAACGGAGCAGCGCAUCCUGAGAGAAGCUCAUAUGAGGGAUGCGGUGGCAGUCAUCCAACUACUAAUGUGGCUGGAGAAAGUUGUACCAGAGGGGAAAGAGACGGAGAUGACCGCAGCAAAAUUUGUCAAUGAGUGUCGCAGCAAGCAGAAAGAGAACCGAGGGCCAAGCUUUGAGACCAUAUCUGCUAGUGGCCCCAAUGCAGCUCUCGCCCAUUAUAGCCCUUCAAAUGAAACCAGCAGAAAGCUGACUGUUAAGGAGAUGUAUCUGGUGGACUCCGGUGGCCAGUAUCUAGAUGGGACCACUGACAUCACACGAACGGUUCAUUGGGGGACGCCGACCGACAUGCAGAAGGAGGCCUUCACUCGUGUGCUCAUGGGAAAUAUUGAGAUCUCUCGAACCAUCUUCCCCUCAGGGACAAGAGGUAUAAACAUGGAGAUGUUGGGGCGCCGGGCAUUGUGGGAAGUGGGAUUGAACUACGGCCACGGAACUGGUCAUGGCGUGGGAAACUACUUUGGUGUCCAUGAGUGGCCUGUCGGUUUUCAGGGCAACAACAUUCCAUUCCGGGAAGGCAUGUUCACCUCUAUAGAACCAGGAUAUUACAAGGAAAAUGACUUUGGGAUCAGGAUUGAAGAUGUCGUUGUUACUGUUCCGGCUCCCACAAAGUACGGCCAUAAUUACCUGACCUUUGAGACUGUGUCAUUAGUUCCGUAUGACAAGAAGUUGAUCGAUACCUCUCUCAUGAGCCCACAACAGCUGCAGUGGCUGGAUUUAUACUACCAGACCAUCCGGAGGCUCCUGGUGCCUGAGCUGGACAGGCAGGGUCUGACUGAGGAGAAGGAGUGGAUGCUGAGAAACACAGAGCCCCUCCAGAGGUCCACCGCCUCAGCUGCCAUGUCGUCUUUCAGCCUGACCUUCACUGCCCUGGCCACUGCCCUCAUCCACGACUUCAUCUAAAGAGCCUGCGUCACCCAUUCCUCUUCGCCUUCCUUUCAUUCCUUAAUCUUAUUUCACUCCUGCUUAAGAUCCAAUAUUAUUAAUGGUAUCUGCCAGUCUGUUGUACUCCAGCCCUGGAGGGCUAAAACUAUUUGGUUUUGUUUGUUCUACCAGGUAGAUAAUUGAACUCAUUUGGUGUCAAAGAUCUAAAUUAGUCCCUGAUUAUGAACCAAGGUGUUAUGAUAAGAAAACUAGAAUUGUUUCUGCCCUCCAGGACUGGAGUUGAAUGAUACCGGGUCCUUAUUUAUCAAUAUUGCGUAGAAACUAUCCUAAAUGUGUACUUAUGGAUGGGAUUCAGAAUUGUUGUACAAAUAGGAAAUGGGUUAUAUAUCACUGGAUCCUGAGACUGUUUUGCGCACAACCAUAAGAGAUAACCAUUGAUAAACAUACAUUUUGUUCUUAGACUCGGUGCUCAUGCAUGACCUUAGCUAUUUGUAUUUUGACACAUCCCUACUUACCCCUAUAUCACAGGUGUCAAACCGGUUCCACGGAGGGCCGAGUGUCUGCAGGUUUUCACUCUCACCUUGUACCUGAUUG